AUGACUACCACAAUAUGCCCCGACUAUCUUGUGAUUGGAGCUGGAGCCAUGGGCAUGGCCUUUGUCGAUACUCUGGUCACGGACACGAAGGCUACAGUAGCUAUAGUCGAUCGCUACUCUCGGCCAGGAGGCCAUUGGACGAUUGCUUAUCCUUUUGUUACCCUCCAUCAGCCAUCCGCAUUUUAUGGCGUCAACUCUCGACCCCUCGGCGAGAAAACGAUCGACAAAGUUGGCUUAAACAAGGGCCUGUCUGAGUUAGCAACGGGUGACGAAGUAUGUUCAUAUUUCAGCAAAGUCAUGCAACAGACUUUUCUUCCAACUGAACGAGUCGAGUACUAUCCAAUGCACGAGUACAAGGGCGAGGGGGAAUUCCGAUCUAUCAUCACAAACAAGACCAUCCGGGUCGGAGCAGAUACGCGCAUUGUCGACGCUACAUUUAUGAAAGUCAAGGUACCCGCCAUGAGACCACCGGCUUAUGAGGUAGCGGAAGACGUGCACCUGGUUACACCCAAUGGAUUGGCAUAUCUUUCCCGACCCUACCGCGGUUAUACUGUGGUUGGAGCUGGAAAAACUGGAGUCGACGCUUGUCUAUGGCUACUAGCGAACGGGAUUGAUCCAAAGGACGUAUCGUGGAUUAUGCCCCGUGACUCAUGGUUUUUGGAACGCAGUACGUUGCAACCUUCGUGGUCCCGAGCGAAUUCUUCCCAAGGCCCGGACAGAGCCGAUGCUGAGACCAUGAACGCCUCGUCUCUGGAAGAUUUGUUCCUGCGGCUCGAGGCUUGCGGAAAGAUGCUGAGAGUUGAUGAGAAUGUGUGGCCAACUAUGUUCAAGUGUGCUACCAUCUCACUCCCCGAGAUUGAUCGAAUUAAGAGAGUUGGAAAGAUCAUACGUCAGGGACGAGUUGUACGCAUCGGUGCAACCGAAGUGACACUGGAAAAGGGCACGUACACACCAGUGCCUGAUACACUGUACAUCGAUUGCACUGCCGAUGGUCUAGCAAAGCUUGAACCCGUACCGGUCUUUAGUGGCAAACACAUCACGCUACAAUCAGUGCGCUACUGUCAACAAGUCUUCAGCGCCGCUCUCAUCGCCCACGUCGAAGCGACUUAUGACGAUGAGAAAGUCAAGAACGCACUCUGCAGCGUUGUACCCCAUCCCGAAGAACCUAGAGACUACCUUGAUGUAUCUCUCGGGACCUAUCUGAAUGCGUUCAGAUGGUAUGCAGAACCAAGAACGGGCGCUUGGUUAAUGCAAGCGCGUCUGGACGUAACGAACGCACAAAUGCCUGAAGACCCUGUUGAAGCUGCAAAAGUUGCUCCUAGUCUGCCAGAUCAGCUCCAAGCCAUGUGUGAAAAAUUAAGAUAUCUUAUAAAUCAGGUUCCUAAGGAUGCUGAAACAGCAGCGGCUUAG